AGGCAGAGUAUGCCCGCGGGACAAUGACAGCAGUUGUUUCAAGUUGGGGAAGAGCCUGUGGUUCUUUUCCUGCGUUUGGGGGAAAGCGAACACACAAUGUUCAUUUCCUAAAUACGGGAUGUGCUGCGAGGCUGGCGGGUCAUUUUCCACCAUGUCAUAUCCUUCUGGAUGAAGGCAGCAGGGGCCAGGACAGGAAACGGCAAAUUCUCAGAAUAAGACAAGGCUUUCCCAGGGCCGUCAUUGGCUCUCUGGAACUAUAAAGCUUGCUCAUCCAGAAACAGCCUCAGAUUCUUCUUUCCUGGAGAUAGCCAGAAGUGAGUGGACAUGGAGAGGCCGGCGGCCCGGGAGCUGCAGGGCGCGGAUGCUCUGCGACGCUUCCAGGGGCUGCUGCUGGACCGCCGCGGCCGGCUGCACGGCCAGCUACUGCGUCUGCGCGAGGUGGCCCGGCGCCUAGAGCGCCUACGCCGGCGCUCCCUGGCGGCCAACGUGGCCGGCAGCUCGCUGAGCGCGGCGGGCGCUGUGGCCGCCAUCGUGGGACUCUCGCUCAGCCCCGUCACCCUGGGGGUCUCGCUGCUGGCCUCGGCCGUGGGGCUAGGGGUGGCCACCGCCGGCGGGGCCGUCACCAUCACGUCCGACCUCUCCCUGAUCUUCUGCAACUCCCGGGAGCUGCGGCGCGUGCAGGAGAUCGCGGCCACCUGCCAGGACCAGAUGCGCGAGAUGCUGAGCUGCCUCGACUUCUUCUGCCGCGGGCAGGGCGGCGGAGACCGCCAGCUGCUGCAGUGCGGGAGGAACGCCUCCAUCGCGCUGUACAACUCGGUGUACUUCAUCGUCUUCUUUGGCUCCCGCGGCUUCCUCGUCCCUAGGCGGGCCGAGGGGGCCACCAGGGUUAGCCAGGCCGUGCUAAAGGCCAAGAUUCAGAAACUGGCCGAGAGCCUGGAGUCCUGCACCCGGGCUCUGGACGAGCUGAGCGAGCAGCUGGAGUUCAGAGUCCAGCUCUACACGAAGAGCAGCCGCGACCACGACCUCAAGAUCUCGGCUGACCGGCCCACGGGGCAGUUUUUCUGAAAACAUCUUUUCCCAUCUAAUGACCGAAGCCAGAAAAUCAUCCCCAUGGGAUGCUCCAUAUUUGUAUCUCCCUCAGGAAAACACGAAGUUGGGCUAGGAGCUGAAUGCAAAGGAUGAGAAAAACUAUUAGAGGAUGGGGGGUGGGGGUGUGUUCUCCCAACUCCUCUUUACCCAUCACUGACAUCCUGCCAGGGGCUGAGUGCUAGGGACUUCUACCUGCCUGAUCCUGGUGGGAUAUAUGACCUGAAAAGUAUUUUAUAUUUUAUCAUAACCGUUCAGUCUUCACACCCUUCCUUGGGCACUCCUGAUUUAAAGUUGUUGCCACGUGCCUGUCCCUGCCUUGGCGGGUGAUUUGAGCCGAGGCUGGAGAGCGGUGCAGACACUCCCACCCUCUGGGUCCUCUUCGAGCCCCACUAGGCUUUGAGGUCCUCAGAAACACCCGUGAGAAGAGACACUAGCUUUAAAACCUCUCUGGCAGAGUUUCUGAGUACGAAGAACUCCAGAAUCUAGAGCUAAUCAGACUCUGUCUGAACUGUGUAGGAGGGUUCAGGACCCAAGGGAGGCGCCUCCCGCUGAUAUGCGCCCCCUCCUCUCUCAGCGUGCCCUGCUCACAGAUCCAACCUGGGGAUGGAGUGGACCUUCCUAGCUGACUUCAUAGCCAGACCUCCAAGGUGCUCUGAGAGGGGAAAUCCACUAAACCGUCACCUAAGUCCCGCCCCCUUGCGGAAGAAAUUGAAGGAAGGGGAAAUGGUUAACAGCUUCGUAUACUGACUUCAUACUGUAGAGAAGGGAGCAAUGGCUUUUGAGUUAGUCCUGGGUUUAUUCUGUGUGAAACUUGGCUUCCUAGUCUGUAAAAUGGAUGCUAAAACCCCACCUUACUGGGAAGUAUUGAGUAAGAUAAAGCCAAGCACAGUGUCUGGGUGGUAAAGAGUGGUAUCUGGGCUUGUAGCAUCACCUAGGAACUUGGUGCUGCUGCCGCUAAGUCGCUUCAGUCGUGUCCGACUGUGUGCGACUCCAUAGACUGCAGCCCACCAGGCCCCGCCUUCUCAGAAAGGCCAAUUCUUGGACUCAGCUCUAGACUUAAGGAGUCAGCAACACAGGUGGGGCUCAGCAAGCUGUGUUUAAACAAGCCCUUGGGGGUAAUUUGAUGCCUGCUGAAGUUUGAACGCCAUUGCAAUGGGUGUUAGUUUGUAAUCCCCUGAUGAGCGUUCUCUAAGUCUAUAGCCUCUCUAGGGGCUGCUCCGUCUUUAGUGUCAUUCACAGACGGUCAAGGACAGGUUGUGUCCCAGAAGUAAAAGAAAGAAUGUGCGUGGGGGCCGUUGUUUCAAUGCUUCCUGGAGCAAUUUCCCACCAGUUGAACUAAGAGAUGUAACAGAAUCAGCCCGUUAGAGGGCAGUGUUGCCUGCUCAUUGUAGAAAUUGGUACAGAAAGGAAUGUGAAUUUAAUGAAAAUUGACCUUUAUUACCUUUUCUAAAAACCUCCAGACCAUGUUUUUUAAUUAUUAUUUAUUUUAAGUUUAUUAUUUAAUUACUGUUUAUUAUUAACAUUUAAUUUUAUUUAACCACAUUAGAAAAUAAUAGGAAUAGCAAGUUUCCAAAUGGGAGACUACUGAGAUUCUUUUCAGGAGACUUAGCUGAGUUUGCCUUUCUAAGGUGGGCCAUGAGCUGUAAACAGUAUUGUGUUCCUUAAAUAAGUCUCCUUCAGAGGGAAAUUUUUUCCCUAGUGUUUUGAAUGAUCCUUUUAAGUAAAUGAGGGUAGUUCUUUUUUUCUCUUGGAUUUUUUUUUUUGUUUUGGUUGCUGUUCUUGUUAUAAGUAUAUGAGGGAAGUACUGAAUAAAGAGACCAGGAGCUAAAUUUAAGCCUCAUAAAUGGAGGCUUGACUUGUCAAUAUAGAAAUGAUGUAAGCAUAUCUAUCCUGAAGGUAACUGGCCAGCAGAUAACACUUGACCUGAAAGGCCCUCCCUAUUUAGUUCAGGGGAAAGAAAACCCAAGUAGAGGCAUAUGAAGGAAACACUAGGAAGCCUGAUGUCCUGCGAAGUUGGGUCUUAGGAGCAACAAAGUAGCUUGUGUUAUGAUGGUGAUGUGUUAUAUUUUCACUUUAGAACCUGUAAGAAAUCUGUAAGCUGUCUCUAAGAAAAUACUUCCAAUUUCUUCAAUUUCUAUUGCUACCACUGUAUUGCUGAAAAAUAUGUUGAAAAGUCUUUGGGAUCACACAUAUACCCAAGCUAGGUCGAAUUAUGUAAUUAUCUAAUGUGUUUAAAUUUACCCAGUUGAUCCCCCAUGCUUACCAAUGAUGGCAGUGUUUCUGAGGAAGUGUAAUUUCAGUGCUGGGAGAGGAGUUGGCGUGUCUAUAUUUUUAUUUUUCCUAAAAUGGCAAUUGAUUUGUAUCUUGAUUUAUUUUGAAAUUGGUACCUUAAAAAAAAAAUGGUGUCAAAUUUCUUAGGUUACCUUGCACAGAUGCUAGCAUUUUAGAUCACCAGAAUGUACUUCAUAUUGUUAUAUUAUGUUUGAAGGUACAAUCACUACCUAACUCCAUCUUGUAUUAAAGCUUAAGUUUGAAUUAUUCUUCCAAAUGCCUGAGCUGUUCCUUAGAAAUAAACCGGGCACUUUUGGAAGCAGCAGCAACAGAGACCAUUUCAUAUCAUUAGGGUAUUUUGACUGUACCAGUGUCUUAAGCUCCUGAAAUUAUUAUUUUAGUGGCCCACUGUACAUCUAAGGAAGGGUGUCUACUUUGGAACAGUACUUUGCACAUUAUAGGAGCAUAGUAAAUGUAUUUGAAUAAUUUAAUAAACUUUAGCUCUAUUUAGGAGUUUGUUUUGAUAGUGAAAGAUCAUUCAUCCUCUUUUGUGUCUGUUAUAGAGAUGGGAGCCUCUACCAGGAUUUAAGUCAAGUUUAGUUAAAUGGAUCCUAGAGACAAGUAUUUUAUUUAUUUCUUUUGUGGGAAUGUGAAUAAGGCUUUUUCCUUAAGGCCAUCGUUCUGUAAACAAACAGACUGAAAUGGUAUGUUGUAAAGGCAAGGAGAGAAAGGGGUAUUUAGAUUACAAGUGUACUUCAGAACAAUAUCCGAGUUGGAAAAAUAAACACGUUCAUAUUGAA